CUCUCUCUCUCUCUCUCUGUGUGUGUCUCCAUUAUAUGCUUCUUCUUCGUCUCAUCCUCAUCUUCCUCAUCAGACCUCCAUCCACCCAACUAUCUGUUCCUCCUCCCUCCUCCUAGUACCCAUUUUGUCUCUCCUUCUCUCCCUCAACACACCCAACCAACCAACCAACCAACCACAAACAACAAGCUUUGUUUGCUUGCUUAUUCACAGACAGCUUCUUGCAAGCAAGCAAACAAACAAACAAACUGAUUGAUCGAUCCAUCGAGCACGUACGUACACAAAUAUAUAGCUAGCUAGUCAUCAUCAAAUCCUAGCUACUGCUAGCUGGUAGUAGUACGUAGUUGGGAGAUCGAGGUAGACGACGACGACGACCGACAUGCCGUCGCAGCAGCAGCAGCAGCAGGGCCAGCGAGGUGAGCCGCAGGUGGUGGCGGGGUCGACGCGGUGGUGCCCGACGCCGGAGCAGCUGAUGAUCCUGGAGGAGAUGUACCGUGGCGGCCUGCGCACGCCCAACGCGUCGCAGAUCCAGCAGAUCACGGCGCACCUCGCCUGCUACGGCCGCAUCGAGGGCAAGAACGUCUUCUACUGGUUCCAGAACCACAAGGCCCGCGACCGCCAGAAGCUCCGCCGCAGGCUCUGCAUGAGCCACCACCUCCUCUCCUGCGCCCAGUACUACGCCGCCGCGCAGGCGCACCACGGCCACGGCCACGGCGGCUUCCUCGCCGCCGCGCCGCCGCCGGUCGUCGCGCCGUAUAUGCUCUCCCCGUCGACGUCGCCCACCCCGGCUGCUGCUGCUGCUGCCGCUGCGGCGUACGGCUACUACUACCCCACCACGGCCGCCGCCGCCUUCGCUGCACCACCGGCGCCGACGGCGAGCAGGUGCGCCGGAAACGCCACCCCUCCGUCGCCGACGACCCAGCUCUUCCACUAUCAGCAUCAGGGUGGCGGUGGAGGAGGGCUUGUGCCGGCGGCUGAGGCGCUCGGCCGGCCGGAGUACUCGUCGCUGGGGAAGCUGGACAACUUCGGCGUGGCGGCGCUUGACGACGUCGUCGUGAGCUCCACCUCCACGGCCGUCGACAUGAUGGCGCCUCCUGGGUUCGAGGUGGCGCCGCCGCCGGCUGCCUUCUGCCGGCCGCUCAAGACGCUGGACCUCUUCCCCGGCGGGCUCAAAGAAGAGCAGCACGACGUGGCCUGAUCGACCAAUACAUGCAUGCCAUGCCAUUACGUACUUAGCUAGUCGUCGCCAUCAGUUGUUAAUUUGAUGCAUGUCAUGCAGUAGUACACACACGUACUGACAUGAUCAAUCUCGUCCCUCCCAAUCAAUUUUAGCUAGAGCUAGAGCUAGAGCUAGAACUAGAGCUAGCUUCUGUCACUCUCUCCAGUCUCCAUGGCUACGAGAGCUAUAUAUGUCGUCGUCGUCGUCGUCGUCUUGUUCUUUUCUGAUGUGUGUUGAUUAGAGGGUUGUACUUAGUUUCUAGAGAUUAGUGCACGUACUGUACGUCUACAUUAGCUUGCCUAGAGGGAGUGAGCACUGAGGAGCAGGAGCAAGCUACGUACAGUACUCCAGAGUAGAAGAGGGCCGGCCGGCCAGCCGGAGUGGCGCGCAGUGGAGUGCAGUGAUUGAGUUAUUAUGGAAUGUGACCGUGCGUACAGUGCGUGUUUAUUAGUAGUGUAGCUAACAGGCAUGCAGUGUGAGAUGAGAUGUUGCAGCUGCUUGUUGUGAAGCUUUUUAGCUGGGUAAUAAGGUACCUACUAGCUAGGCCUGAUUUGCAGACCUCAUUUAACUGGUGGGAGACUGGGAGGAGGUGGUUCAUGGAUAUGAUGAAA